UUCCUGGCUUUACCAUUUGCUAUAACCCAUGAAGCAGUGAGCAAUAUUUACGAGGAGAAACUAGAUGAUGGGGUUACUCCUGCCUGGUAUGGUCAUGUUGCUCCCCAUGAAUGGGGAUUAUGGGUUGAUUAUACUUUUCUACUUCUCUUUGGAGGAAUCCCUUGGCAGUGCUAUUAUCAGCGUGUAUUAUCCAGUAAAUCAGCUGUACGAGCCCAACUAUUAUCCUACGGAGGAGCCGCUAUAGCACUUAUUAUGACCGGACCUUCAGUUCUUUUCGGAGCUAUUGCUAAAGCCACCGAUUGGAGUAAGACUGAUUAUCCCUGUGGAGCGCCUACCGGAGAUGCGUCUAAAGUUGUUCUUCCGCUUGUUCUCCAGUACCUUACACCUCCAGCUGUAGCCUUCUUUGGACUAGGAGCUAUAUCUGCUGCAGUGAUGUCUUCAACAGACUCUUCAAUGUUGUCAGCGUCUACGAUGAUUGCAAGGAAUCUAUAUAAGACUGUGUUCCGACCAAAAUGUUCUGAAAAAGAAGUGAUCUAUUCCUUAUAUGUUUUGAUCUUGAUCAAUUGUGUUAUAGCCACCACACUGGCCAUAGAGUACAGAAGUAUCUAUGAUUUAUUCGUACUUUGCGGAGACUUUAUGUUUGUUAUUGUUUUCCCCCAGCUGACAAUGGUGUUGUUCUGUGAACAAUCGAAUACAUACGGCAGUGUAUUCUCUUUCUUUGUCAGUCUUAUAUUAAGACUGCUGUGUGGUGAUGGUCAGCUGGGUAUUCCUGCCAGUAUUAGUUUCGGAACUAUGUACGGUGCUCCAGGAACCUGUCCUACAGAUCUUAAUCCUCAUGAGCCUUGUCAAGGAGCUUAUCCGUUCCGUACCAUCGUAACACUCAUAGGAUUUGGAGUCCACCUAUUGUUGAGUUAUGGAACUACAUAUAUGUUUGCUGUAAAGAAAUUAGUUAGUUUACGCUGGGAUUUCUUUAACUGCUUCUUGAAGGCAGGAGAUAAGAUAGUUCCGAGAUCAUCUCGUCAAUUAGAACCGGAAAUAAUGGAUUUACAAGACAAAAGCGCAGUACACCACAAUUCAGGAUUUACAAGUUAACAACAAAAAUAUACGCAUCAAUGUUUUAAGAAAAAAACCUAAAUACAGAUUUAUCAAUAUUUUAAGAAGAAACAUCAGAUUUAUUAAAAUUUUAUGUAAAAACAACAAUACAAAAGAUGCAUCAAUAUCUCAAGAAAAAGCAGCAAUAUAAUAGCAGAUGCAUCAAUUUUUCAAGAAAAGGCACUACAAUAUAAUUACAGAUGCAGCAAUAUCUCAAGAAAAAGGAGCUAUAUAAUAACAGAUGAAUCAAUUUUUUAAGAAACAAAACUGCAAUAUAAUUACAGAUGAAUCAAUGUCUUAAGAAAAAACAGCAAUAUAACAGAUGCCUCAAUAUCUCAAGAAAAACAGCAAUUUAUACAGCCGGCCCAAAAUACUUCAGAGAAGACAGAAAAGUAGUACGUGCGUAUGUAGUAUGACAAUUUAAUAUAUAUGUCUGAUGAGUCUAGGCCCUUUUUUAAACAUUUAACGUUUUUAGACUUUUUGGAGGCAUCACGAGAAUACGAGAUGCAAAUACUCUUUCAAAAAUGGAAUCUAGACAAAUUUGCUUAAAUUACAAAAAUUUUUACUCUGAUUUAAGAUAUUAACCAAAAAGAUUUUUAAAAACUUGAAAAAUCGUUUUGGUUAAAAUCCCUUGCUUUGUAGGAUUUAAGCAAACUUGUCUACAGCAUGCAAUUUUGAAAUAGGAUUUGCAUCAAGAUUCUCGUGAAGCAUUAAAAAGUUUUUUUUUUAAAAUUUUGAAUGUUGAAGAACUGACCUAGAUACGAUGGACAUUAAGUACAAAUAUUAGCUCUACACAAUUGAUUUUAAACAGUGAAUAAAAUACCAGUAUUA